AUGGCACUUGUAACUAUUCGACGUACUCCCAGUGUUCAAACACCGAGAAAAACGGAUGAUGAUGAAAAAUCAAGCGAAACAAGUGAAGAUGAUGUUGGAAAUCGAUCCACCAAGAGUCUCAAUGAGUGCUACUUCGCGAACAAGGGGGCGGCGCUGGUGCUGGGCGUCGGCGACGCCUGCUCGGAGCGUCGCCGCACGCCCGCCCGCCCCAUCCCCCAGCCGGACAUCCACCACCACCUGCGGGCAAUGUUCUACCUGGUGCGCCCCGAGGAGACGCUCAAAAUGGCGGUGAAGCUGGAGAGUGCCCACGCGGGCCGCACGCGUUACCUGGUGGUGGUCUGCCGCAGCGACGAGGCGGCCCUCCUCGGCAUCGACUGCAACGACAGGACCACUGUGGGACUGGUGCUGAAGGUUCUCGCCGACACCUCCAUCAAGCUGGACGGCGACGGAGGGUUCAGCGUGUGUGUGUGCAACCAGCAACACAUAUUCAAGCCCGUGUCUGUCCAAGCGAUGUGGUCGGCGCUGCAAACGCUGCACCGCGCGAGCGGUCGGGCGCGCGAGCUGAACCACUUCGCCGGGGGCGCGUCGCACGGCUGGUGCGCCUACUACGAGGCGCGCGUGGACUCGGACCGCUCCUGCCUCAACGAGUGGCACGCGAUGGACUGCCUCGAGUCGCGCCGCCCGCCCUCGCCGGACUCGCUCAGGCACAAGCCCAGGGAAAGGGACGAGACGGAGCGCGUGAUCCGGUGCACCCUGAAGGAGAUCAUGAUGAGCGUCGACCUGGACGAGGUGACGAGCAAAGCGAUCCGCGGCCGGCUCGAGGACGAGCUGGACAUGGACCUCGCCGAGUACAAGUCGUUCAUAGACCAGGAGAUGCUGACCAUACUGGGCCAGAUGGAUGCGCCGACCGAGAUAUUCGACCACGUGUACCUCGGCUCCGAGUGGAACGCCAGCAACCUCGAGGAGUUGCAACGGAACGGAGUUCGGCAUAUAUUGAAUGUGACGAGAGAGAUAGACAAUUUUUUUCCCGGUAUGUUCGAUUACCUUAACAUAAGAGUGUACGACGACGAUAAGACUGAUCUAUUGAAACACUGGGAUAACACGUUCAAGUAUAUUAAUAAAGCGAGGAAUGAGGGAUCCAAAGUGCUCGUGCAUUGCAAAAUGGGGAUCAGUAGAUCCGCUUCCGUCGUUAUUGCUUACGCUAUGAAAGCUUUCAAUUGGAAUUUUGAGAAGGCUUUGAAACAUGUGAAAGCGAAAAGAAAUUGCAUCAAACCCAACACAAAUUUCCUGAACCAACUCGAGACAUACCAGGGUAUACUCGACGCCAUGAAGAAUAAAGAGAAAUUGCAAAGAUCCAAAUCGGAGACUAACUUGAAAUCGCCUAAAACUGCCUCAAAAAUAGAAAAUAAGAUAAUGGAUCCAACUCCUUUAAUUUUAGCUUUAACUGGAUCUUACACCGGGAGACCUAGGUCGUGGUCGCCGGAUACGAAACUCGCUUCUGAAUUGUUGCCACCGACUUCAGUUUCUCUCGAGAAUUUGGCCUCCGAAACCCGCCACAUGCUUAUGCCUUGCGCCAAUGGAAGCUAUAGCGUUUCACCAAACCAAAUUAUAAGAUUAAAAGAAGAAAAGGAAGAAGGGGCCCCGUCCGUUAAACACAUUGUUAACGAAAUUGAAAAUGCGGCUUCGAUUGACCGUAGAGAUGUCAUCAGAAGACAGCAAAGGUUAAAUUUUGCCAACCAAAACGAUGUUUCAAGUAGUAGGUCGUCAGAGGGCUCGGGUGGUUUGGCUGCCCAAGUUACCGAUCUGCCGAACAAACAGCUGCAGACAUCGCCGUUACGAAGUCUGGGUCACAAGUACUCACACUCGGACGUAGAAGCCGACAAGAUACACACAUGGGACCCCGGGGAGGUCCCUUGGCACAGGACUGAUGAUAGUCGAAACGGUAGCGAUAGUGAUAACAUAGUUAAAAGUGACAGUGGUAUAAUAGACGUUAAAAUAAAAACGAGUGACGCUUUCUCAAAUUGUAUAGAUCGUAAUAUAGACUGUGACGAUAGGAGGAUCAUCGAAGACGACGCCCCACCACCGAGCAGACAGAGUUCCUGGAGCUCCUUCGACAGUGCCGUAGUGCCGGACCUCUCGCGACACUCGUCGUGGGGCUCGUUCGACACCCGUUCGGGUCGGCCGCAGGUCACGCUCCGGGAGGAGCCCGUCAAAAGGGUCAAGGAGCGGGUCGAGGAGCGCGGCGACAGGGGCGCCGACCCCGUGGCGCCGCCGCCCAAGCCGGCGCCCGACCUCGGCAUCAUCAACGAGCUCGGCGAGCCGAGGAACGCGCGGCGGGCCGGGCCCCGGGCGCCCGCGGACAUCCUGGCCAACGAGAAGAAGUUCAACGAGACUUGUGCCAUACUGAAGGAGCUUGCGUGUGCGGCGGCUCGCAUGGAGCGGGCGCGGGACCGCGGCGCCUCCACGUGGGGCGGCCGCCUCUCCGCCUCGGCGCCCGCGGACACGUGGCUGCGCGUCGGGCCCCGCCGCCGCAGGCUCGCCGCCACCUCGCACCCCGACCUGCCGCGCGCCUCGCCGCCCGCGCCCCACGCCCCGCCCGCUUCGCCCACCUCGCCCGCCUCGCCCGCCUCGCCCGCCUCGCCCACCGCCACCGCCUCGGCGGCGGGCCUCGUCAGCAACCGCCCGACCGCUUCCCUCCCCCGCCCGCCCACCUCGCCCGCCUCGCCCGCCUCGCCCGCCUCGCCCACCGCCACCGCCUCGGCGGCGGGCCUCGUCAGCAACCUCAAGAAGGAGUUCGAGGCGCGCUUGGAGGGUGACGGGGCAAAACGUGGGGGCUCGCGAGGCCGUGCCGGCGCCUCGCCGCCCCUGGGCGAGGACCUGUCGGUGAAGGUGUUGGUGGGGCGCUACGACCGGCCGGGGCGAGUGCGCAGCGAGUCGAGCGGCGAGAGCACGCGAAGGCCGCCCGAGUCCCAGUCGAAGAAAUGCCGGCUGACGGAGGGCGGCGCUCGGUCGCUGCGCAACUCGUUCUGCGCGGGCGAGCGGCCGCCCCCGCUGUUUGCCGCACCCGCACCCCCCGCACCGCCCGUGCCGCCCGCUCCAGUCGUAUUGUCGAUCGCGCCGGUCGACUACCCCAACGUUGUGGUCUCAACUGUGAUGUCGAAAGCUCAAAACAAAAAACAAUUGCAACAUGGGAAAACCCAUCCUUUGACGAGGCUCAACUUGAACCGGUCGAAUAAUAGAUGUUCAAAUCCUGUGUAUAAUACUAUG